UGCGUCAAAGGGUAGAGGACAUUUCUUAUCAGAUGGAUGAUCUGGAGCAGUACUCUAGACGUAACACUGUUGAGAUCUACGGAGUUCCAUCGGUAGCUGAUGAGGAUGUCGCUGAAGUUGUUCUUCAGGUGUGUAAAACACUGAAUAUGGACGUCAACAAGGACUCUAUUGAUGCGUGUCAUCGUCUCCGAAAAAGAGAGAAUCGACCAACUGCAGGAAUCGCGGUCCGUUUUGUGCGCAGGAGCGAUGUUGAAACCCUUCCUCAGAGAAGAAAAAUGAAAGGUGAUCUGAACACUCAACAUAUGGGCUUCAUCGGUGACGCUAAGCCGGUGUAUAUUAACAGGUCCUCGACAGCCAAAAUGAGGUUACUGUUUGCUAGGUGCGAAAAAGGUACAGCGAGCAAAAGGGUUUAAAUUCGUCUGGAUCGAUAUGACAGGUAAUGUGAAGAUGAA